AUGUGCGGAGGCCCCGAAACUGUACAUCGUCCUCGAGGCGGCGCCCUCGUCGCCCUCAACCCUCCCCGCGGCGCUUCCCCAACGGCCCUUCUCACCGGCGACCUCACCUUUCACACGCCCGGACAGCCCAACAGCACCGAGGCGACGCAUGCGCGGCUAGCUUUUGACGAGGAGCAGCCAGAACGAUUACUGCCGUCGGACCUUUGCGUCAUUAUCCACACCGGAGGCGACUUGACAAUGAAUGCGAGCGACUGCGGCCUGUUUCGCCAGCUUCGACUCUCGGCGACGCGCAGCAGUACGGGUGGCGGCGCUCAUCAAGACGCGUCUUUUUUCGAGUGGCCGCUGCCGCAGGCGCUGUCGCUGCAGGUCGGCAGCGAGGGCAUCAUUGGCCGCCGCGUGUCCGUCUACGCAGAGGAUCGAGACGACGAGCGGCGCGAGCAGCGCACGGUGCUGGCAGAGGGCAUUGUCGGGUUUAAUAGCUGGGCGGCCGAGCGGGCGUCGUUGUGA